AACUGAGGAAGCUGCUCACUUCUCUGCCGGCAGCCAACUGACAGGAAGGAAGGAACAACUACUGCGUCGCGACUCGACAGAAACUUGUUACUUUUAUCUUCAAUUCCUUUUUAAAAGGUUCAACAUCUUUCAUUCUCGAGGCUCUGUGGAAAUCUACAUACAUGCCGGGAAAGAGGGGGAACUAGAGCUUAUCAGCACCCCUCCUCCUCCAGCCCUUCUCCAAUGCACAAUAUCCUCUUUUAAACCCAACCACCCCCAUUUUCAUGUUACCUCUUUGGUUUUAAUGUGGCACACGCAAACUGUUUGGAUGAUUGCCUAGGCAGAUGGUGCCCAGUGUGUGGACUAGAAGCUGAGACAAAGCUCAGAGGGACUCCUCAGCUGUCAUGGGAUGCUGCAGUGUGACCCAGAGGCAUACCGGAGUGGAUGAGGUGGGCCCUGAUGAGAUCGAGCUCCUGGAACUCUCUGGAGACAAUUUAGGAGUGUGGAGUCUGUCAGAAACCAGGCUUCAGCUGUCAGUGAGGAACAGCAGAGAGGAGCAGCUGCCACCACCACCACCACCACCACGCAAGCCUUCAAUACGACACCAAGAACAAGAGGUGGUGCUGUGGGGCAGGGGCAGAGAUGAACUUCACCACAGGAUUUACUCCCAGCAGCCAAUCACGGGCUGGGAGGGUCAGCCGGCCCACAUGUAUGGAGAGAUCAUCCACUCCUCCCUGGCAUCUCUCUACAACAGAUACACACAGGAAACCAGGGAACACUUGUUGGUGUUGUUCUCUUUUCACCUGCUGAUCCUCUCUCUUGAUCACUCCCGACAAGACUUCAUUUAUGAGGGCAUCCUACCCCUCUCUGGACUUUCUUUCCAAGUCGUCUCCCUGGAGCCCGACGCGUCACAUUCACCACACAUGUUUGAGAUCAGCAGUCCAAUGGUAGACUCCAAGGUGUUCGUAUGUGCCAAUGCUGCAGAGUUACAGAACUGGAUGCAGCACAUAGAAGACAGAAGAUAUAAAUCCACAACGCAACCCAUGAGCCCCACCCACUGCGCUCUCUCCUAUCUAUUACCAUGUGAUGAGAACUGGAAAAGAGAAGAGUUGAAAAAAUUCAUACUACAAGCUCCAAUAUGGCAGUGGGAGGGCUCACCCAUUCAGCACAUGGGUCAUCCCGGAUACAUUUCCAUUGUUCACAUCAUCAACACACAGAGACAGGGACUCCAAGAAAGACUGAUGGUUCUCUUCCCUCAAGACGUCCUGCUGCUGUCUGUUGACAACAAGCGGCUGAAUAUAAAAUACGAGGGCAGGUUGGCCCGACACAGCAUCAAAGCCAUAGAGAGAUCGGCUUCACCAGGAUGGCUGGAGUUUGAGCUGAGAGGUGAGCUGGUGGAGCCUCUGCAGGUCUCUUGCACCAGCCUGGAGGAUUAUCAAAACUGGAUUUUUCACUUACAACAGCCAGACAGAAGCAGCCACGUUACUGCGAGUCAGGCCCCACCUCCAGUCCUGCCAAAGCUGCAGAGGAGCAGGAAAGAGUCCCAGGAACCGAUGAUCACAGCCAACCAAUGUCACAUCAACGGACGCAGCUGACUCAUCGGAAUAGAGAAAAGCUUCAAAAGUCUAAAUCAACAAUCUUGUGUAGAUAAUAUGUACAUAUUACUUUACUUUUAUGUUUGCCACAGUGAGAAGAUAUAGCAGUGAAAAACAUUCCCACUCAAAUUGUGAUACCCACUGAGGAUUAGAUCCAAUUUAAGCAUUGCAGUGUAAUACUUAUAUAGCCCAGAACAUAUAAAGAUAGUCCAGUUUUAGCCCAGCCAGUUUGCUUCUUUAUGACAUAAUUCACUUGAACAGCUAUGACAAUAAAAAAUGAAAAGAUAAAAGUAAUUUGUGU